CUUCAUCCAUCUGUCUUUACAAUGAAUAAUAGCGGAUACGCUCAACCUGGGGUUCAAGCACCAUCUCCCUUAGAACCAUCCCCUCAGAUGGAUUCUAGAAAACAAAAGCGUCAUUAUCCUCGCUUUCAAACAGAACCUGCUGCUGCUGGUCCUGGAUAUCAAGCACAGCCUCAACCCGCUUUUCAACAACCUCAUUCGCCCUACCAACAGCCUCGAUCACCCUUUCAGCCAUCUCCACAAUACCAACAGCAGCCACAAGCUCCCCAACCCUAUGCUUCACCUGUGCCUUCUCAAGCUACCUAUCAAGCCGGAUAUAACCAAGCGCUACAUGGUAUGGCCAAUAUGACGACAGCACCACAAAGACAAGAUGUUUCUCUGGUAGGCCAACCUGCACUCAUUAAGGAUUUCAAGAAGGAGCAUUCUGGUCCUACCAUUCCUUUAGAAAUUACUGCAACUUCUUCACCUUUUGCUCAAGUGAAUCCUUGUUUUAAACAUGCUACAGUCAACAGUUUCCCAAACUCCAACACCUUAUUGAAGAAAUCUAAGUUACCUUUGGCCCUCAUAUUACAACCUUAUCUUAGCUCUCAGGUCGAAAAGACACAAGUUCCUGUUGUAUCAGAUACGAUUGUGACACGUUGUUCCCGCUGUAAAACAUACAUCAAUCCUUUUGUUCAAUUUACUGCUGGAGCACUGCAAUGGAAAUGUAACAUGUGUAGCAUGGAUAAUGAUGUGCCUCAGGAAUUCGAUUGGGAUAUUACAACCGGACAACAGACGGAUCGUUAUAGUCGACUUGAAUUAAAUCAUGGAUGUGUGGAUUUCAUUGCACCUGCAGAAUAUACCAUUCGACCACCACAACCACCAGUCUAUGUAUUUGUCAUUGACAUUUCCUUCCAAUCGAUUCAGACAGGGAUGGUCAGUGUAGUAGCGGAUGCGAUUAAGAGUUCGUUGGAUAAUAUCCCCAACGAGGAUGGACGUACAAAGGUGGCUUUCAUCACUACAGAUGGUGCGGUUGGAUUUCAUAAAUUAUCAUGGGGAGAACCUGAGAUUUUGGUUGUGGGUGACUUGGCGGAUAUGUAUCUGCCAAGAGCUUCUUCAGAUCUGAUUGUGAAUUUACUCGAAUGUAGAAGCGGUGUAGAUGAUUUGUUGGACAGAAUGAAGACAAUGUAUCAAACGACGCAUUCUCCUUCCAACUGUUUGGGUUCAGCAUUACAAGCAGCACGUAAAUUAUUGUCUCCCACAGGUGGUAAAAUCGUUUGCUUCCAAGCAAGUCUUCCUAAUAUUGGAGACGGUAUUAUCAAACCAAAAACAGACACUAACAAAUCUACUUUGGAUUCCCCAUUGAUGUCAGCAUCAAGUACGUGGUAUAAAACAUUUGCGGGUGAAUGUACUAAAUCUCAAGUCUGUGCCGAUAUGUUUCUAUUUGGUCCAUCGACCGAUGUUGCUACUUUGAAUGUUAUUCCUCGCUUCACAGGUGGUCAAACACACUAUUACCCCCAAUUUAGCUCGGUCAACCAAGGCGAUACCUUGCGUUUAAAGCAAGAGGUGAUCUCACUGUUAUCAGAAGAGAUUGGGUUAGAAGCAGUUAUGCGUACACGUUGUUCGCAAGGUAUUGUGUGUCAUGCUUUCUACGGUAAUUGCACUACACGAGUUCCGGAUAUUAUGGCUUUACCCAAUGUACCUCGUGAUCAAUCUUAUUGUGUCGAAUUAGCCAUUGAAGAAGAGAUCCAAUCUUCAUUUGCUCAUUUUCAAACAGCUUUACUUUAUACCACUUGUUUUGGUGAGCGCCGUAUUCGUGUCAUGAAUUUGUGUCUCCCAGUCACAAAGAGUAUUUCCGAAUUAUAUAAUUCUGUGGAUCAAAUUGCUAUCGCUAGAACCUUGUGUCAUCAGGCUAUUGACAAGGGCGCCAACAGUAAAUUGCGUGAUGGCAGAGAUCAUUUAUCCAAGGGAGUGACCGAUAUCUGUGCUGGUUAUGGCAGUGAAGUAUUAGGCAUGAGCUCAUCCAAUGCUCAAUUAACUAUUUGCCGAGAAUUAGACUUACUCCCGCUUUUGGUAUUGGGUAUCUUGAAAACAUGUGCCUUUAAUGAUGCUGCCGUUCCUGGCGAUCUUCGAUCACAAACCGCGAUUUUACUUCGUACGUUACCCACGGAUGCCUGGUUACAGUUAGUGCAUCCCAAUUUUUACUCGCUUCACAAUAUGCCGCAAGUAUCGGGUACAACUGUCGGCGGUCAGUUCAUGAUGCCACCGGCCUACAACCUAUCCAGUGAAAAGUUAGAAGCACAUGGUUGUUACUUGAUGGAGAAUGGUCAAGAUAUUUAUAUCUGGAUUGGUAAACAAGCGGUACCCCAACUCUGUAAAGAUUUGUUGGGAGCUAAUUCGAUUGCAGAAGUCAAGUCAGGUCAAGUGCCCAUGUUACCCGUGACUAAAUCUGCCAUUUCCGAGCGCGUAAAUAAUAUAAUCGGACACUUGCAAACAGAACGUCAAGUCACGUAUUAUCCAUCCAUUUAUAUUGUCAAGGAGGAUGGUGACCCAAUGUUGCGUAGCCGAUUUUUAAGCCUUCUUAUAGAGGAUCGCCAACCUUCGGGACCUACUACUGCUGGUGCAAAACAAGAAAGUGUGAGCUCUGGUAUGAGUUAUUUCCAAUGGUUAGGAUUCAUUAGAUCAAAAUGUCAAUAAUAAUAAUACAAAAUAAUAAUAAUAAAAAAAAAA